AUGGGUGAUAGUGGUGGUCUCCUGCUACAGCCUUGUGCACGUGGUGGGGGGGGCCCUUCCCUCAACACCCCCCUCGCCUUUUCCCCGCCAGGCGACAAAGCCUUCGCGCAGUUCCUGACGGAUGAGAUCAAAGAGGAGAAGAAGAUCCAGAAACACAAAUCCCUGCCCAAGAUCUCCGGGGGGUGGGAGCUGGAGGUCCACGGCACGGAGGCCAAGCUGGUGCGGAAGGUGGCCGGGGAGAGGAUAACGGUUACAUUCAACAUCAAUAACAGCAUUCCACCCUCAGCUGAGGAAGAAACACAAGAAGAGCAGAAACCUGAUGAGCAGGAGCCCGAUCUUACAUCAACUCCAAACUUUGUUGUGGAAGUAAUAAAAGAUGAUACCAAACAGACCCUGGUUCUUGACUGCCGUUUUCCUGAAGAUGAGAUCGGACAUGAGGGAGAGGAAGAAAGUGAUAUUUUCACAAUUCAGGAGGUCAGUUUUCAGCCCACUGGAGAAUCAGAUUGGAAGGACACCAACUACACCCUCAACACGGAAUCCCUCGACUGGGCUCUGUAUGAUCACUUAAUGGAUUUCCUGGCUGAUCGAGGAGUUGACAACACCUUUGCUGAUGAGUUAAUAGAACUCAGUACUGCACUGGAGCACCAGGAGUACAUUAAAUUCCUUGAAGACCUUAAAAGCUUUGUCAAAUGUCAGUAGGUUAGGCUAAGAAACUUCAAAGUGUGGUUAUUCCACAGCACUGCUCCAGCCAGCAGUACCCAAAUACAUCUUCACAGCAGAUACUGAGAGUAAGUAACUUUGAAUUUGGAGAAUGAGGAUUUUCACUUGUAUUUGGGGAUUUGUAUUUAUGUUGCAGCCCAGAUCAAGUUCUCUGACAUUAAGGUCCAGAGUUCCAUCACCCUGCUUGAUGGGUUUUGUACAAUUAAGAAUGAAUGUGAAGAAUAAAAUCUGUUCAACAUAUCACUGAAAA